UGAUUCUCCACUCGCGCAUCAAAAAAAAAAAUAUUUUAGUAUAAAUAGUUCAUAAUUUCCAUUCCCCACAUUUCUUUUUUUAUUAUCUUUAUUAUUUUAUAUCAGUUCCCAAUUAAUAACUUCUAAUAUGUCUGAACACCAAGAUGUUGAAUCCAAGUACCAAGUUACUCACAGCUCACCUCCUCCUAUUGUAGCUGCUCCCACCAUUGCUAACCCUGGUCCCUUGGGUCUUUGUGGUUUCGCUUUGACCACCUUUGUCUUGUCACUUCAUAAUGCUGGUGCCGGUUUACCUGCCACCAGUCCUCAUGGUGUCGUUACUGGCCUUGCCUUUUUCUAUGGUGGUCUUGUUCAGCUCUUGGCUGGUAUGUGGGAGUUCAAGACAGGUAACACAUUUGGUGCUACUGCCUUCUCUUCCUAUGGUGGUUUCUGGUUGUCCUUUGGUAUGAUCUUUAUUCCUGGUGCCAAUAUCACUGGUAGUUACAAAGGCGACACUGCCAUUUUGGAAAAAUCAUUGGGUUAUUACUUGUUAGGUUGGACGAUUUUCACUGGUAUCAUGUUGAUUGCUUCUCAUCGUUCCAAUGUCGGUCUUAUUUCACUCUUCUUUUUCUUGUUCAUCACCUUUAUUAUGUUGACUGCUGGUAAGCUCAACGAAUCCAUUCCUUGUCAAGUGGCCGGUGGUGCCUUGGGUGUCAUUACCGCUUUCAUUGCUUGGUAUAAUGCCCUGUCAGGUUUAUUGACCAAAGAAUCUUCUUACUUUACUUUACCCAUUGGUAGAAUCAAUUAAUUUUUUUUUUUUUUAUUUUUGUAUUUACUAUACACUUUUAUUUAAAAAAAAAAAACAAAAAAAAGCCCCCCCCCAUACCCUAAUUAUAUAUAUGUCCCUACAUAUGUAUACAAACAUCACAGUUAUUAUUAUACUAUUUCUUCUUUUCCUAAUCUGAUCCUACUUUUUUCAUUUAUCCCUAUUAAAAAAUAAUAAACUCACACUCUCUCUUUUUUAUAUCAA